AUGUUCACAUUCCUCGUUUUGGCUUCCACUGUUGCUUUCGCACAAACUUCUGUCGACUGCGUUGCAUACUAUACAUUGAACCAGGCAAGUCUGGUUGACCCCAGCCAGAUCCAGUACUGUGUUGCGCAAUGCAAUGAAAUGCCGACUGCUGGUACCUGUCCUGAGGGUUCUCCUGUCACCGAUUGUGUGCAGUCCCUGGACGCGUGCAAGUUCGUUCAAGGAGGCGAAGCUGUAGACAACGGCGAGGCUGCAGAAAGUGCACCUACCGAGUCUGGAGAAGCUGGAGAAGCUGUUGAAGGUGGUGAAGUCGCACCUAGUGAAGCUGUUGAAGGUGGUGAAGUCGCACCUAGUGAAGGUGUUGAAGGUGGUGAAGUCGCACCUAGUGAAGGUGUUGAAGGCGGUGAUGUUGUACCUAGCGAAGCGGUUGAGGGGGGUGAGAGCGCACCCGUGGAAGCUAGCGACGCAGUUGAAGGUGACGAUGUGGAGGGGGGAAAUACAGACUGGGAGGUUGUGGAGGGGACUGAUGAAGAGGUCGGCGGAGAUGACGAUGCUCCGAUCAUGCCGAAGACAAGUGGUGAGGCUCUUCGUAUUCUGACCGGGUCUGUUGUUGCUCUACGGCUAAUGAUGAUGCUCUAA